CCUGUUCUCACUCUCCCGUGGCCUACCGGUGUCGCUCGAUCUUGUGGUUAGCCCGUCCUCAUUGUUCUAAUUCGUUUCUACCUGCAAAAUGGGCGACAACAAGGAACGCACCUUCAUCAUGAUCAAGCCUGACGGUGUCCAGCGUGGGCUCGUCGGUAAGAUCAUCCAGAGAUUUGAAGAAAAAGGCUUCAAACUUGUCGCCCUCAAGAUGGUCUGGGCUUCUGAGGAUCUCCUGAAACAGCACUACGCUGAUCUAUCUGCAAGACCUUUCUUCCCUGGUCUUGUCAAAUACAUGGCCUCUGGCGCCGUUGUUCCCAUGGUCUGGGAAGGUUUGGAUGCAGUAAAAACUGGCCGAGUUAUGCUUGGUGAGACAAACCCCAAGGACUCAGCACCAGGAACAAUCCGUGGUGACUACUGCAUCCAGGUAGGCCGUAACAUCAUCCACGGGUCAGACUCUGUGGAAUCAGCCAAGAAGGAGAUCAAACUCUGGUUCGGAGACGAGCAGAAGAAGGAAGUUAUUGACUGGACUUCCUGGGCUGAGAAAUGGAUCUACGAAUAAAUCCACAGCCCUGGAGGAGAUCCUUGACCAUUCUCUAAAGUAUUUACUACCAUUUUAUAUCCAGUUUCCUACUCCAAUUCACAUUUAUCUCGAAGGAAAACGUGGCGCAGAUCGUAACUUUACAUAAGACCGGUGAUCUAAUAAAAGAAGAAUAACCUCA